GAUUGGACAGUUGACAGUCAUAUGAUCCGCCCUGGUUUAGCAAGUUCAGUUUAAUUUUCGCUGCAAUAGCUGAUCUUUGCCUUUCUGACCAUCCUCUCAAAUCUGAUCAAUUUCUGGAGGAAAUUUGGACCCUCCAAAGCUCCUGACCUUACCGGGGGGGAACUACCGUCGUCGAUCCCCUUCUUGCUACACCCGUUCUUCCGCUCCACACUAGUCGUCGAUUCGCUCCCGGAAUUUCCCGAUCCAUCAAGUCCCCGAUAACACAAACUAUGGAUAAAUCGGAUCUUAUUCAGAGGGCCAAGCUGGCGGAGCAGGCCGAGCGUUACGACGACAUGGCGGAGACCAUGAAGGAGGUCACGGAGAAGGGAGACGGGCUGUCAAACGAGGAGAGGAACCUGCUCUCCGUCGCCUACAAAAACGUGGUCGGGGCGAGGCGCUCCGCGUGGAGGGUGUUGUCCAGCAUCGGAGUGAAGGCCGAGGGGUGUGAGAAGAAGCAGCAGAUGGUCAAAGAGUACCGGGAGAAGGUGGAGAAGGAGCUCCAAGAGAUCUGCGACAACGUCCUGAAACUGCUGGGUGAUCAUUUGAUUGCCAACUCCCAAGCUGCUGAGAGCAAAGUCUUCUACCUAAAGAUGAAGGGGGACUACUAUAGAUACCUCGCUGAAGUUGCCACUGGGGAAAAGAAAGAUGAGACAAUUGAAAAAUCACAGCAAGCAUACCAGGAAGCAUUUGACAUCAGCAAGACUGAGAUGGACUCCACACAUCCCAUCCGCUUGGGCCUGGCGCUUAACUUCUCCGUCUUCUACUACGAGAUCCUUAACUCUCCACAUAAAGCCUGUGAUUUGGCCAAAGGGGCAUUCGAUGAUGCCAUUGCCGAGCUCGACCAGCUAAAUGAGGAGUCCUAUAAAGACAGCACUCUUAUCAUGCAGCUCCUCAGAGACAACCUGACAUUAUGGACAUCGGACACCACUGCUGAGGAGGGUGAGGGUGGAGAAGCAGGAGAGCAAGUGGAGAAUGAGAACUAAAACAAAACGACAAGUGCUCCGUUGGGGUCCUCUCCAAAAAAAAUAAGGAAUAAAAAAAAAAACUUUUUACACAUUCUUCAUUCCUUUAUUGCUCCACUCAAACAUUCUACCAAUGAAACCCAUGCUGAAAAGAGUAAUGCAAGAAAAUAAUUUUAAAAAUUAAAGAAAAUAAUGUUUUCACAACGUUGAUUUGGACAACUGAAGGAAAACGAAACCCUCCUAUUGGUUUAGGUUUUUUUUGGUCUUCCCAUUUGUGCUGUUUCAGCUGUAGAAAAGUGAUUGAUAGCGUGACAUGGUAUCAGACCGCCCAGCUCAAUUUUGAGGCAAGUAAACAUACAGCCCACUAUUGGGUAAAUGGAAACUCAAAUCCCACCUCCUGAGACAAUGUGCAUAUUCUUCCAAUAAGACAUUUAUAAUACAAAACGUAGAAACCCUCCUCCCACUCCAUGCAUUUCUUUUUAAGUUUCUUAGGAUUUUUUUUUUUUUUUAAAUGAGUCUGUCUACAGUUACGUGGUACGGUUACAGCAGCUGAAGUCCAACUUCAAACGGAUAACAUUUUCAUAUUGCAGGGAAAUCUAGUGCACUUUACAUGCUGGCGACAAAUACUACAAUACAGCCGAGUAGUGCCAAUUUGUUAAACCAUCACUUUCUGCCCUGAUUAUGAUGCCACUCUUUCACUGAAGCAUUACCUGUUGUUUGGGGGCUUGGGAUGGUGGGCCGCGUCUGCUCAAAUGCGGGGACCUUUUCAAUGGGAAGGAGACAAUUCUGUCACGCAUGUCUCUUCAGAUAUUACACUGGAAUUGGAACAAAUGCUGUAACACAAGUUCAAGUGUCAAGUUUAGUGAUUUUUAAAUGCAGGUUUGUACGCAUCCUACAAAUGGGUGAUUUGUUAGUCUGUCCAGUGAUUUGUCAUUAGAGAUUUGGACCACUAUUGUUUUGCUAUUCAUUCAAUUGUCGUCCCCAAAAUUCUUGUGGAACUGUUUUGAAUCCCUAUGUAUCAGCUAUGUUAACAUGAAUAAAACAUUUUAUAAACAGA